CACAUAUACAAAUAAUAAAUUACAUUUUCAAUACUGCAACUAUACCAACAUUUUGCCAGUGCACACGAAUUGCACAUGGUUAAAUACAAGACCGUCUGGAAGUAAAUAAAAAUGCGUAAUUCCAACUUUCUACAUACAAAAAUUUCAUAUCUUUUGCACUUCAUUUCAUUUCACUUCACUUCUAACAUAUUAUUUUUUAUCUUAUUUCGACCUAUGAAGCUUGCAUUUGCAUUUGCAUUCACCGUAUUAAUCAUCGGUGCCAUCGGCGCACUCACUGACACAAACCUCAACGACCUUUUCCGCCAAGCACUAACCACAAGUGUACCAACAACAAGCCGCACCAGCAAACAUCUGCUCAAUCCAGACACAAACUACGACCUCUACUUUUUUCUAUACACAAUGCGCCAAACCGAACAUGCAAACGACAAUAUCUUCUGGCCUACGUCCAAGGCCACUACUGCAGCAAAGGUAAUCGCGCAAGUUGCGGAAUUCAACUCAAUAAAUGAUAUGUUCUCGAUGCCGAUUACCGCCGCCAUGGCGGCUACGGCGAAUAGUCAAGAUGGGAUUGCGCUGGUGGGGGUUGGGAAUGAUAUUGAGAGCGUUGGAGUGAGCUGGAGAGAUAGUCCUGAGUGCUACGCAUACCUCACGAGCAAUGUGUACAGCAAUAUCGGACUUUCCAGAUCGGGCGACUACUGGGUCGUGUAUUUGAUUUAGAUUACGAUUUUGCGGGUGGGAAAAACAUUAUAUUUAAAUUAUAGAAUU